GUAUCGCAAGUGAGGUGGGAAUUCUCAAGGGGUCAAAAAUAAUUAAACAGACGAUUCUUUAAAACUGAUAGCGAGAACAUAUUCUCCCACACCAACUACCGCAUAACACAAAACAAGGCUCAUCGACACACACACACACACAUACACACACAUACACAGCUGCCCAGAAGCAACACCUUAGGCUCUUCAUAAAGACUGAUUGUCAUUUCCAAGCGCCGUUAGUUCACGAACCGUUAGGGGGCUCCGCUACGGUAAUGGCGUCUUUCUCCCCGUUGUCAUCCUCAUCUAGGGUAAUCGCACAUGAGAGGGUUCUGCGCUGCGUGUACGAGUUCCUCGAUGAAAACGGCUAUCAACAGUCGCUGCGUGCCCUCCAGGCAGAAUCGAAAAUUCCCUACAACGUCAUUCACGUCGCACAGGAUAGCGGCGAUAAUACUCGUAAUGACGGCAGCGGCGGCACCGCGGCGCAUUCGGCAGCGAGCCAGGCAAACCUACCUGGUAGCAAGAAGAUGUCCGGCAAAGAGUUCGCGCGUCCGUCUGAGCACGGCCUGGAGGCGGCAGUAAUGGAAGGCAGCUGGGCGGAGGUCCUACACGUGUACGUGGACGGUCUGCUGCUUCCGGAGGAGGUGAAGGCGACGCUGUACGAGGUCAUCCUGGAGGAAAUGGUGGAGCUGCACGGCUUAGUGCCGGCUGCCCGCUCGCUGCUCCUCAACGCGCCGAUCUUUCAGCUCAUGAAGGUCGACACCCCAGCCCGGUACAUACGGCUGGAGAAGAUGAUUGAGCAAGGGCAGCGCACGAUGGCGGAGGGCACGGCGGGGACGCGGCGGGUGACAGCCGAAAUGCGCCAGCGACGCACCGCGCUGUUACAACAGCUCAAAACGGCGAUUCGGUUCAGCACCGACGCGCCGGUGGGCCGCUUAGCCGCGGCACUUGCACGGGCCGCUGCACCAGGCGGAGCUGCACGCAACGGUGUGUCGGCGUCGACGUCGGAGGCUACGCAGCCGUCACGCAAGCGGGAUCGGCCGUCGGAGCUGCCCGGCGACACGGCGUGGGCGGACACGUUUCUGCAGUACCCGCUGGCCGCUCCGAAAGAGGUGCGGCGUCGAUUUCCGUACCAUGGACAGCAGGCCGCCUGCUGCUGCGCACCGCUGCUGCUGGAGGAGAAGUUGCUGCUGGUUGGGCGUGCGGAUGGCGUGGUGGACGUUGCGAACACGGAGAACGGCGAGGUGACGGGCAACUCGCUGCGCCACACGGAAGGGGUGUUGUCCCUCGCACGAGACACCGCCGAAGGCGCGGACGCGGGUGUGGAGUGGGUCGCCGUGGGCUACCGGGACGGGUGGGUGAAGGUGUACAAUCUGGAGACUCGAAAGCUUGUGCGGCGCUUUGAGAGGGCGCACACGGCGGGUGUCACGACGCUCUUCUUCACGGGACCACGAACGGUUGAGGGGCUGUCACGGCAUCAGUCGCUGCUCGUCUCCGGCUCCUUCGACGGCGCCGUGCGUGUGCUGGACAUUGCGGCGGGGGCGCCGGUCUGCACGGUGGCGAACUGCCACGCCAGCGCCUUUGUGCACUCCCUCCUGCCGCUCACGAACGUCGACCGAAGCGGGAACGCGCGCUUUUGCUUUGUAAGCAGCGGAAAUGACGGCACGGUGGCGCUGUGGCGUCUCGAAGACGGGCGCACGACCGAUGAGCACGACGUUGGGGUGGUGGCGGUACACCGCGUACAGGAUCCGGUUCCGCUGGGCCAGCUACACAGCGAGCUGCGGGACGCGGUGCCCACUCAACUCUACGGCCUUGGUGCUCUCUCCUCCUCCUUUUCGGCCGCCAAUGACGCGCCUCACGAGACAGGUGUACUGCUCAAGGAGAGAGUGAUCGCCACGCACGACGUGCUCCUGCUCACCCGCGCGGGCCACGCCGCUGUCUGCCGCAUGUCGGUGAACGAUGAAGGCAGCCACUACUUCUCCCCCACGCUUCAGGUGCUCUGCAUCAUCGUGACGGCCCGUCCCCUCCGCUCUGCCUUCCCGCAUGUGCACAGUGUGGUGUCGCUGCCGGUGCCGCUGCUGUCCCUCUACGCUGCCGACAGCGAGGGCACGGUCAGUCUGCACAACAUUGAAAUGAAGUGGUGCAACGCCGAGCAGUGGGCGGACUUUGGGGGCUGCAUGAAGGUGAAGGAGGCGGCGGACCAGAGCUCCGUAGUGAUCGUGGAGGUUGGCAAGGCGGUGAAGGACCUGCAUGUAACCUGUGUCUGGCCCACGUCCCAGCACCAGCCGUCGAGCGUGAUCGCUUAUGGGCCGUCGCUGUCGGCCGUGUACGACAUCUGGUAA